UGUACCCAAAGCUACUGUGACAAAAAGUUCACUUCGUGGAGCUGUUCUGCAAUUCCCAAUCGCCGACCGUCCACCGCCAGCGGUCCAUACCGCCGACUAUCAGCGGCGGAAAAACAACUCAAGCUAUGGUAAUUCGAAUCCUGAAGAAUCUAACUUCAAAACCUACCACCACUAGCGCCGCUGCAGCUCUCCAACUCCGCUGCAAAACCACGUCGGCCGAGUACGUAGCAUCUAGAGCAAGAGACAUAACCUUCGAGAAGCUCAUGGAGAAUUACAAAAACUUCCUCAGAGUCUCUGAAAUCCAAGACCUAAUCCUCGCCAGCCGCUCCAAUCCACCUUCCGUCUCCGUGGAUUUCCUCAACCGCCUAUCUCAGAGACUCCACCUCAACCGCGGCGCCAUCGCCUUCCUCCGCAGGUAUCCUCACAUUUUCCACAUAUUCUACCACUCCGCCAAAUCUCAACCUUACUGUGCGCUCACUGAGACAGCCAUGGAAAUUUCUAGAUUAGAGGCACAAUCCACCAGUUCUUCAUUGGCCCUUGCUGUGGAGCGCUUGGUCAGAAUUCUAUCGAUGUCCCUCACCAAAAUGGUGCCGCUUCGUGCUAUUUUCAAGACCUGGAAAGAGCUAGGCCUUCCAGAUGAUUUCGAGAACUCCUUAAUCUCAUCAAAUCCUCAUAUAUUCACACUCGGUCAAGGAAACGAACCAAACACUCAUGUAUUGAAACUAGUAACUGAAAUCCCAAAGGAGACCCUAACUGCUUCUGUUGAAAAUUGGAGGAUCAAGGAGUGUUGCAAAGAGGAUUCAGGGGGUAAGGAUAUAACUGAAAUUCUAUAUAGCUUCAAACAUUCAUAUCCUCCGGGAAUGAGGUUGAAGAGGAACUUCAAGGCCAAAGUUAAAGAGUGGCAAGGCUUGCCAUAUAUUGGUCCGUAUGAGGAAUGGGGAUGUAAGGAGGAGGAGAACAAGAAUAUAAGUAAGAGGCAAAUGAUAGAAAAGGAGAAGAGGGCAGUUGCGAUAGUUCAUGAGUUCCUGAGUUUGACCGUGGAGAAGAUGGUAGAGGUUGAAAAGAUAAGCCAUUUUAGGAAAUGGUUUGGGAUUGAUCUAAAUAUAAGGGACUUGUUCCUCGAUCAUCCUGGGAUUUUCUACUUAUCUACUAAAGGGUACAGGCACACUGUUUUCCUCAGGGAGACUUAUGAGAGGGGUUGCCUCAUUGAACCAAACUCUAUUUAUGAGGCUAGGAGGAAGCUUCUACAUCUUGUUGCGAUGGGGCGACGUGGGAUAUCUUUACACAAAACCCCUAGACAGGAAGAGGUAGAAAAUUAACAGGUAGUUCACUUUUCUAACAAGACAUGCAACUAAAACGGACCCUUAAUGUUUGUUUUUACUUUGAAGAUUUGAAGGAAUGGAAACUCACAUGUCAUUAAGACUUUAACUCUAUGCAUUGUUUUGUACGUUUGAGUCUUUAUAUAAUAGUCUUUAUAUCAUCAUCAUCAUCUUUACCCCCAGUGCCGCAAAAGCUCCCACCUUUGGUGGGGUAAGGGGGUCGGAUGUACACAGUCUUACCCUUGUACUAACCCCUGUACUAUGUACUAAAGCACUGAGAGACCGUUUCCGAAUGACUCCUAGUGAAAAUCACGUCGAAAAAAUAGUGACCCAUUUUGCUUUAUUCCAUCAUAUUCCCAAGCCAAAAUAUAGUGAGUCUUUGGCUCCAUUGCAAAUGAUGGAAGUAUAUAAUAAUGGUCUUUAUAUGAUAAUAAAUUAUACGGAGUAUAAGUUUGAACAAAUAUCUGAGAUUUAUUUAUUGUGAUCUAACUUUUUUUUGUAAUUUACCCCUAAAUUUUCCCUUUCCAAAUUCCCUCUAUUUUAUCCCCAGUAUUUUUCUGCUUCUUAACAGACCCUGAAUGCUCUGACCAAUUGACCACUGAAUUUUCAUUUGCGCAAUUAGGGAACACUCAAACAACAUAAGGUACACUAAUUGUUUAAAUGAUAAAACUCCAAGGGUUUUGGAUAUGGGCAUAUGGCUGAUACCUGAUAGGACCUGCUUUUAGAGCUUACCUUUCUCAUUCUAAGAAAUCUUUGCUAUUGAGUUUAGGGUGUGUGUGGUUCUACUCUGGAUCAAAGUUGGAGGAGUAAUAAUGUUUUCAAACAAGAGCUUAUAAGAGGAGUUUUUGUUGGGGGGGAUGGAUGUUAGGUUUUAAAUAUUCAAUUUUUUUUAAAAAAGUACAAUUCAUAUGGAAAAUCAAUUUCACCGCUACUCCAAGAAAAUUAGCUUAUAGGAGUAGAAGUUAAUUUAGUUUUUAAUUUGAACAUGAGUCUUUUCGAAAAGAAAGCCAAACACAAUUCUGAUAAUGCUUAGUGGCAUGAGCUUGCGCGAGUGGGAGUGGGGGUAUAAUUACUUCCCCUUUUAAGUUUUUCCACAGUAUUUUUCUGAAAAUUAGCCAAGCCACAUCUUGUGAAAUGACAAGUGCUUGUGAGUUAAUAGAAACAUUCGUUUAAAAUCCACAUCAAAAUUAAGUAGCCAAAACUAACAUAUUUGAAUAAUCUGACUGUAGUUAUCAAGCUAUGACAUAAUAGUCAACUUAGUGGCAUUCUAUAGGGUGAGGUUAAAAACUCGAGUCUUGAGACCAUCACUAUUCACUGCAAAUCCAAUCCUUGAAUUGUUUCUUUCAUAUGGAGUUCUUAAUCCUUAUAAGGUCUAUGAAAUUUCUUGAGGAUUUGGGUUGUAUUUCUGCAAUCAGGAUCUGAAGAGGAUGAUAACUCAUGUCAACUUGAUUGGGGCUUGAAUCUCUAGUUAGUUCUUAGUUAUGCCACAUCAGUGAUUACAAAUGAUGGAUGUAAUAUAGUGGGAAUUUUGAAAGGACGUGACUAGUCCCUGAACUUAAUUCUUGAUGAAUCUCAUGAAAGAGUCUAUUCAACCAAGGUAACCAAACAGUGGCUCUUAUAAUGCAGAAAGGGAUACACCAUCUUGUCUCAGGACUUUACAUCAUCAUAAGAGGGGACAGUAUUUGUGACUUGUGAUGUUUGGGAAUUAGAUGAAGAGAUGGUCGCAAGCUUGGAUUUGUCUGACUCCUCUAUGGAUCAUCGGGGGAGCUCAUCCUACAAGAGUUCUGCUUUCGAAAUAUUUAGGGAGACGUAUUUUUGUAUGUGGUAUUUGAUGCUAACUCCGUCGCGAUUUUUUUGCUUAGAAUCGCACAUUCCUGCAAUUUCAACAAUGUUGGCUCUAGUAUUUAAAUAAUACUCCAUACGUAGUAUCCCUCCGGUCCUUAAUGAAGUUUACACUUUGACUUCACACAUAUUAAGGAAAUAUAAAUACGUCAAAUUUG